AUGUGGCUUGUUCACGAACAUGUGGCGGAAACAGGCGACAAGCUCAUGGGUACGUGCAAUUUACGGCGUGGCUUAUCCCCACUCCAAACAGAGAUCGAGGCAUUGAUAUGGGCUAUGCAAUGUAUGUUACGACAAAAAAAGUUAAAGAUAGUUUUCGAAACGGACUGUUUCAAUGUGGUGAAGAUUGUGUCUAAACUUGAGGAGUGGCCAAUUUUUGCAACCAUACUAGAUGAGUUUUGCAGGUGUAAAGUUGAGUUCAUCUCUUUUUCCAUUGUGCACAUAAUAAGGACGAACAACACGAAGGCAGACAAGUUAGCACAAAGAGCUCGAGCUCUAUCUAGGCCUUGA